UGGCCCAUAUGGAUGGUUAUCUGAGCUGUGUAAUGGUCGGCCCCACAUCUGAUGACGGGUAUAAAAAGCGGACGGUCACAAAAUCCAAAAGAAUGUGGUCUCUCUUCCAUUUGCCUGGCCGAAUGAGGAACGUGCUCGUUGUCCCUACUCUAGAGUAGGGCUGUAACUUGGGUUGGGUUAUAGGAUCAACAAUCCCAACCAUUUAAAAUUGGACCCCACAUGAAUGCUAAGUUACUAUUGAUUAUAUUUUCUCUAAUAUGAGAUUAAUUAAUUAAUUUUUAUUUUCUAUACCUUGGUUUCUAACUUCUCUUUGUAUUCAAUGGAUGCCGUUCAAAUUCUGGCCCACUGCUGCGGAUGAAAAUGAAUAGAUCCAAAUGGCCCAAUGUACUACAAUGGCAUCUACCACCUCUUCUACCAAUACAACCCCUACGGUGCUGUGUGGGGUAACAUAGUGUGGGCCCACUCUAUCUCAACGGACUUGAUCAACUGGACCCCACUCGAACCUGCAAUCUACCCAUCUAAGCCGUUCGACAUCAAUGGCUGCUGGUCUGGAUCUGCCACGAUCCUCCCUGGUAACAAGCCAGUGAUCAUGUACACUGGCAUUAAUCCACAAAACCAACAGGUCCAAAACAUCGCAUUCCCUAAGAAUCUAUCAGACCCACACCUUAAGGAAUGGAUCAAGCCCGAUCACAACCCUCUGAUGGCCCCUACACCCUCCAAUGGCAUCAAUGCAAGCUCGUUCCGUGACCCCACAACAGCAUGGCAGGGUCCAGAUGGGCAUUGGAGAGUGUUGGUUGGCAGCAAGAGGGGGACAAGAGGAAUAGCAAUCUUGUACAGAAGUAGAGAUUUUUCCUACUGGGUGAAGGCGAAGCAUCCCCUCCAUUCAUCGCAUGGGACCGGCAUGUGGGAAUGUCCUGAUUUCUUUCCUGUCUCUGAGAAUGGGAUGGACGGUUUGGAUACGUCCACGACGGGCAAUGGAAUUAAGCAUGUUUUGAAGGUCAGUUUGGAUGAUAGAAAGUAUGAGUAUUACACAGUGGGACGAUAUAUACACGAAAAGGACCGGUAUGUGCCUGAUAACACAUCUGCCGAUGAUGCUAGCGGCCUGAGAUUUGAUUAUGGGAAGUUCUAUGCAUCCAAGACAUUCUUUGACACGGGGAAGAAUAGGAGAGUGUUGUGGGGUUGGAUGAAUGAGUCUGAUAGCGUCGCCGAUGAUGUCGCAAAGGGGUGGGCCGGUCUCCAGGGAAUUCCUCGAACCAUGUGGCUUGACACGAAUGGUAGACAACUCGUGCAAUGGCCAGUUAACGAAGUUGAAUCGCUGCGAGGCGAUCGAGUGAGUUACAGUAAGCAACAGCUUAAGAAAGGUGAUCUCCUUGAAGUUGAUGGAAUAACAGCUGCCCAGGCUGAUAUUGAAGUCACGUUUCAUUUGCCAAGAUUGGAGAAAGCUGAGCCCUUUGAUCCCACUUGGGUCAACCCUCAAAUCCUAUGCAGCCAAAAGGGUGCUGAUGUGAAAGGGUCCAUUGGACCAUUUGGGUUAAUGGUCUUGGCUUCUGAUGGCUUAGAUGAAUACACUGCCGUCUACUUCCGGAUUUUCAAGGGUCAAGAUAAGCCUGUGGUCCUGAUGUGCUCUGAUCAAAGCAGAUCCACUCUAAGAAAAGAAGUUGACAAAACAACAUAUGGAGGCUUUGUUGAUGAUUUGGAGGAUAGGAAGAUUUCUUUAAGGAGUUUGAUCGACCAUUCAAUCGUAGAGAGCUUUGGCGGAGGAGGAAGGACAUGCAUGACAGCUAGGGUGUACCCUUCACUGGCUAUAGGUAACAAGGCUCGUUUGUAUGCAUUCAACAGAGGAACUGAGGCUGUUAGGAUUUCUAAGCUGAAUGCAUGGAGCAUGAGAAAAGCACAAAUUAAUUGAGAAAGGGAGAUGUGCACGAGAGAUUUAUGUAUGAGGGGUGGGAGUCUUUUUGUUUUUAUUUCACUUGAGGACUCUUGAUUCAAUUUUAUGUGAAUAACAAGGAAAUCCUGCCUUUGGGUUUACAUGGUUUCU